CUUUACUGUCAUGUCUUUGUUGCUUCAAUGCUAGCAAGUCCAGCGCGAAAGUGAUUGAGCACAAUCGUUUUUAAGAAAGAAAAAACAAAUUCAACCAUUUCUGUAAUAGUAAAUCCAAGAUGGAAGAAAAGCUGUAUGGAUCAGUGCCUGUCCCCUCGGAAUAUCUUCAACAGUGGAUUCAGUCAGCUCAACAGCUUCAGGCUCUGCAGGGUCAGUAUCCGGGCAUCAACCAUCACCACAGUCCUCACCCUCACUACACAGAGGAACCAAGAGAGGAGAGAGUCAUGGCACAUGCACAUAUGGCUGUCAAUGAUGAGCUCAUGGCUCAGCAAGAACCUGCCAACUUAGCGAAAGCUCCAGCGAAAAAGCGAGGGAGAACGGCACAACCAAAGGAACCCAAGCCACCCAAAAUGCCCAAGCCACCCAAGGAGCCCAAGGCCAAACCGGGCCCCAAGCCCAAGAAAGGCAAGGAGGGUCAAGAGGCUGACGGCACGCAGGAGAAGAUGGACGAGACCGUCCAGAAGGUCAGGAAGAAACGAGACCGAUUCAAGGGCAUGACGGAGGAUGAGGUCAUGAGCAGAACUCUGACUGACAUCCUUGACUACAACUUGGACUAUGUCAUUAUUGGAAUCAACCCAGGUCUGGUGGCAGCCUAUGUUGGACGAUGGUUCCCUGGCCCUGGAAACCAUUUCUGGAAGUGCCUGUUCUUGUCUGGAUUCACUGAUGAGCAGCUCAACCACAUGAGCGACACCAGCCUGCCAGCGAAAUAUAAGAUCGGUUUCACCAACAUGGUGGCAAGGACAACGCCUGGAAGCAAAGACCUUUCAACUAAAGAGCUACGUGAGGGUGCCUUAAUUCUUGUCGAAAAGCUGAAGAAGUACAAGCCUCUCAUUGCUGUUUUCAAUGGAAAAUGUAUCUAUGAAAUGUUCUGCAGAGAGAUGUUUGGAAAAAAGCCCAAGAAACUUGACUUUGGUCUGCAGCCACACAAGAUACCUGACUGUGAAGUGGCGUUGUAUCUGAUGCCGUCGUCCAGUGCCCGCUGUGCCCAGUUCCCCCGUGCCCAGGACAAAGUACACUUCUACAUCAAGCUGAGGGAAUUAAGGGACCAGCUCAAGGGCGUGGCCAGAACAGACGACAUUCAGGAGUUGGAGUACACCUUUGACCUGGGAUUGGCCAAGGAGGACGCCAAGAGGAUGGCGAUUAAAGAGGAGGCGUACGACCCGGGCUACGAGGCGGCCUUCGGCGGCGCAUAUGGCGAGGGCGGGCCUGGGCCUGAGGAGGGCCAGAGCAACGGCAACGGUCACUGUAACUUCUCGUCGGCGGAAAACACAGUUUCAGACGCUGUCGAGAAGGCAGACACUUCCCAACUUCCUGCCGCCGCUGCCACAGAGGGACAACUCCCGGACGGACAGUGGAUGAUGCAGUCUUUUGCUGAUCAGAUUCCAGACAUUGGUGGCUCUAAAGAGCCCCAGGCAUGGGCGGGCAAUGUAUAAGGAAGGGGAUAGGGCUACUGACGAGCCCUAUCUGGACGUACAGAGACCUCAACCCACACAUCCUUAAUCCCCUCCUUCAACAAGACGCUGCACCUCAGUUUGAAGACUCAAAUUGUAGCCUUUUCAUUUUUUGUCAAGUUGUAUUAGCCAUUUUAGGGAUUUACACGUUUAACUACUUGAUAGAUGGAAUUUUCUAAAUUGAUAAUUGAGGAUUUUUGAAUAUUUUAUCCUGUUUUGUCAUAUCAUGUGUGUUUUGAUUGCCCUCAAGGCGGUCUUAAAUACGUGAAAUCAGGGACUUGACAAUGAUUCUUGAUUGUCUUUGGAGAUAGUCACCUAUUUAAACCUUUUGGUUAUUUUGUUGUCAUACUGUACUUGGCCACAGGACGGAGCAGUAGGUGUAAGCAAAGCGGGACACAGUUCUGAUAUUACAAAUGGCCCUAAAUCAGACUUUUACACAUGAACAGUUAGUCCCAAAUUAACCUGUGGCAAAACAGUAUGCUACUGGAAGUCAUACAUUGUGAAGUUUAGGAUUAGCUAGUAUUCUAGUUGUAUUCAUUCUGUGCCUUUUUUGAGGAGAACAGGUACUGAGUAAUAUGUGAACAAACUAAACAUGGUCAAAAAAAGUGAUUCCACAGAGAUGUUUUAGCAAUUUCUUCACAAGCCUUUUUAUAGUGGAUUUACAAUACUGAAGGUGGGUGCUGUUCUCUUGUUGCUUUAUAAUCUGUAUGUUAUGUUUAGUAUGUUUCUGAACAUUUUUGUUCAUUAAAGCUAAAAUCCUUAAAACUUUACAUACAUUUUUGGACUUAUAAAUGAUUUAUACCCAUUGAUUCUUGAAGUAUAUAAUUUUUUAAAUAAAUGCCUCAGGGGCUUAGUUCAACUGUCGUACCCCACCAGAACCCCAAAUAUAGGCUUGUUUUACUCCAAUGUUUUUAAACAAACACUGUAUAGACUCAACAUGGUUCAAACUAUAAUUGUGAUAUUAUGGAUGGUCAGUCCUUGCAUCCAUAGCUCAGUCUAUGAAUUUGAGUGGAUUAAUUUCUUUAGGCCAAUCCCUCAUAUUUGUUUACCAAAACAGUCUGGGUGAACACGUUUUAAAUGAAGGAUUUUUAGAUGUAAAUGAUCCUCAUGGAGUUUUUUUCUCAAUUUUACUUGAAGUUGUUUUGUUUAACUUUCCAGCCUGAAAAGAUUUGGUCGUCUUGGUUUGGUUGGGUUCUGAUGGUUUGGCCGAUGACCUUCAAGCACGUCAAGAACUUUUCAUCCGUCUGCAUGCUAAAUGAAUAAACCCUAAAUCGUGCUUAGUUAGAAAAACGUUUCAAAUGUGUUUGCAACGGAUACAUUUUGUUUUUGUGUUUCUUAUUGGAAAAGCCAAUCAGUUUUCUUCCGUUUGGUGCCUAUUUGAACACGAUCCUGUUCUUCAAAUUGUUUCAUAUUGUACAUUACAAUAUUCUUUGCACAAGUUUUAACUUCUGAGAUAUUGCUUAUGAAUCCCUCUGGGUAAAUGUAUGGAUGCACGCUUUGAGAAUAACUUGGUAAUAUUACUUUUUAUUUGAAAUGCGUAGCUGUUCCAGUAUGUCAGAAGUUAUAAUACUUUAGCAGUACAGUCUACAUCAGUAGUCGAAGUCUGUAGGCGUGAAGCUACUACAGCGUCACAAAGGUUUCUACCGUGAGAUGGAUUAGAGUUGAACUAGUUGUGGCAGCUACAAGCUACCUCACCUUUAAUUUCCUCACCUUUAAACUAUUUUUAAUUUCCUUUUAUUCUGGACUGGUUUCAUUUUUGUGACCAAAUGUGGAAAUAAAAAAAAAAGUGAUUUUGCCAA